CGGACCAGCCCGGCACAGCCCCCGACACCGCCCGCCGGGUGGGCCGGGCUCCGCUCCGCCCGGGCGGCCGCGGGGCUGGGGCAGCGGCGCCGGGAACCGCCGGGACCCAGGUCUUGCGCUCUGGAUUUGUCAGCCUUGCAGGCUCCUGGACACAUCUCUUCUCAGCCAUGGGGAGAUCAGUAGGAUUUAACAUCUGUGUGGUCACCUGCAGCAUCCUGCUCUUGUCCUCCAGCCUGCCAUGCCUUGCACUUCAGCCCCUGGACGAGGGGGACGUGACAAAGGUCCAGCAAGGCCCCUGGGCAGGGAAUGGGCUGGAAGAUGAAAGGACAGGCGUGGUGGACUUGAAAAACACCUUGGGCCCUUCUGAGCAGACAGUUUCUGAAGAGCCAUGUGGAGUGUCAGCAGAGCCGUCUGGGACACCCCUGAAUGAAGCUCUCACUGCAGAAGAAGUGCUCCCUGUGAGCCCCAGCACCCAGGCCCUGGGUGACCAGCCCUCUGCUGGGGCGGUGGCUGCUGUGAGUGGGGAGGAGCUUGGUCCCACCAAGUCAGAGCUGGAAGAGGAUGAUGCCCUCAAGGCCAUGCUGACCACGGCUGUGACCACGCUGAGCCCCCCUGUCCAGGAGGAGUCUGUUGGUGGCCCCAGCAGCGAGGUCACCACAGAGGGUGGUGUGGCAGUAGAGCACAGCCCUGCCAGCCCCUCAGCAAGUCCCUCCCUUCCUGAAACAACUGUCGAGGAGCAGGAGGAGGAGGCAGAGAGCAGCUCCCAGCCCACACUGCCCCCCAGCUCUCCCAGCUGGGAAACAGCAAGUGAGCACCCCGUUAUCCCAACUCCCCAGGCUCCUGCUGUGACCCCUGAGGUGGGAAUGCUGAGAGGCCGCACGGGGAGCCCUCUGAAAUCCCUGGCUCCACCCGUGUCUGUGGCUGCCAAACGUCCCCUCGUGGUGACCGAGGCCUCCCUGCCCCCAGAAGCAGGGACAGGGGUCACCCAAGAAGAGCUGCCCCCCACGGCUGGCACUGUCACCACCCACCCUGUGGACACUCUGCCACCUGACUGGGAUGACACAAAGCUGGGGGACAUCAGUCAAGGGGGAAGCACAUCUCAGGAGGAGGUGACAGAGGACUUGGGGGUGACAAAACCAUCCCAGACCCCACAGGGAGGUGUGGGGGAGGAAGAAGAUGCAACAAGAACACUGCCAUCCCCGGUGUCCCCUCCACCAGAACCUGAGCUUGCCAAGGAGACCAACUGCACAGUGCCAGUGCAAGGGGAGGAGCUGCCAGCAACUUCCACAGCCAGCAGUGGUGCUUCCCACCCUGGGAAUGUGACGGAUGGAGACACGGCUGGUCUGGACUCGCUGGAGAACACAAGUGCAGCCCCAGCAGAGGAGGAGAAAAGCAGCCUGGCAUCACAGUCAGAGGCUGCUGUGGGGACAGAGACACAGCCUGAGCUCUCCCCUACUCUGGAGAGUUCAUGGGAAGGUGUUGCUCAGGAGGUGACAACAGCUGCCCAGGAGGCUGAUGCUGGCCUGUCAGUUGUGACAGUGGUGCCUGGUGACCCAGGGACGGGGGCUGCAAGCUUUCCUCAGGAGAACAGCGGGGAGGACACCCAGAUGCUGACAGCUCCCAGUGCCACCGAGGUGCUGCUGGCAACUGGUGCUUCCUCCACGGUGAACACUCUGGAUGUUGAAGAUCUCACGGAUGGGAUCCUGCUCCCCGGGGAGAAAGCUGUCCCAUCUCCUGCUGGGAUGCCUUCUACCCCAUCUGGACAGACAGAGGAACCAUCCAGCAGAACUGUGGUCCUGGUCACUCCAGCAUCCAUGGCCUCCUCUGCCCGGAGAACAGCCCUUCCCUCUGCCAGGAGGAUCAGCACGGCCGGGACCUACGGGCUGGACCGCCUGGAGUCGGAAGAGGGUGAAGAAGAGGAAGAGGAUGAAGAAGAGGAGGAGGAGGAAGAAGAGGAGGAAGAGGAAGAUGAGGAGGACAAAGACCUAGAUCUGAUGGAUGAAAGCAUGGAGGGCGACACGGAGCUGCCGGGUUUCACACUCCCAGGGGAGACCUCCCAGGAUCCCAUAGCUGGCCUGGAAAACCCUGUGGCCCAGCUGGCUGGGGUGUCCUACCAGGUUCCUGACACCAUCGAGUGGGAGCAGCAGAACCAGGGUCUGGUGAGAAGCUGGAUGGAGAAGCUGAAAGAUAAGGAAGGAGGAAUGUCUGGUACGAGCUCUGCUCGUGGCAGAGCUCUUUGGCCUGGGAUUCAGCCCGAGCGGACGCUGAAAGGACAGAGAAUGGUUUUCCCAGUGAAGGCAGGAUACAUGUCGGGGAUGCUGGUUCCCGUGGGAGUGGGAAUAGCCGGAGCCCUGUUCAUCCUGGGAGCGCUCUACAGCAUCAAGAUCAUGAACCGCCGGAGGAGAAACGGCUCCAAGAGACAUAAAAGGAAGCAGAGGGAGUUUAACAGCAUGCAGGACCGAGUCAUGCUCUUGGCUGACAGCUCCGAAGAUGAAUUUUGAACCGGACUGCAGUGCCCUUGUGACUUUUCCAAGGAAGGGAGGGAGAGGGAGAAGAAGAACAAGAAGAAGUGACUCUGUGCUGCAUCCCUGCUCUCUCCACCGCCCCAGGGCCCCAGCAGGGCUCAGUGCCCUGGCCAAGGCAUGCUACGCUCUUCGUGUCCCGCCAGUGAUGUUUGUUUGGUACAGUAGUGGAGAUUUCACAUUUCAGAUCCACAGCGCGUCUCGUUACAAGCUGGAGCUGAUCCAUAUGGAUGAUUAUUUCCCUCUCACCCCUGGUGUACUGUUUUGGUCCUGGCUGGCAGUAAUCUAAUCAUAACAAUAGCUCUCACCUAACCCGGGAAUGGAAAUCUUUACUGUGAAUGACUGCUGUCCAAUUAAUUUUAAAUGUUACAUUACCUGAGCUAGAGUUCAUUAGUGCUGAGAUUAGCUGCUCUGCUUAAUUAAUGAGUUGUACACCUGAGCUGUGUCCCUGGCCACCAUGAGAAGUGCCCAUGUACAGUGUCCUUGAUUGGGUUUGAAGCACAUUUCUGCACUUGGGUGCCCGACUCUCACCCCUGCUCUCUCCCCUCAGCUCUGCUCCACACUGCUUGGAGACACACGGGAAUGGCCUCAGCACUUGAUUUCCCCACAGAAAUCCUGUCCAUUUUCAACCAGCACUGUCUGUUACAGCACAAUAAAUACCAGCGCUCGCCUCCUGACGGGUGGCCUUGCAUGGAUCUCUCAGCUUUUGGUCGGUGCAGGUCAGGGAAGAGGCAGGUCAGAGGCUUCCUCAGCUCCUGCCCCCUGUUUGAGGGGCACUAGUUAGUGGUUCAUCUCUUUCCAAGGCUGCAUUCCCAUAGAGAUGAAAGUGGAGCAUCUGCCCCAUUUACCCGCUGGAAAUUGCAUUUUCAGCCCCUGGAAGCAGCACCAACAGCAGCACCUUUGGGGGAUUUGGGUGGGUCUCGUGUUAUAGAAUCACAGAGUGGUUUGGGUUGGAAGGGACCUUCAAGACCAUCUCAUUCCACCCCCCCUUCCACUAUCCCAGGUUGCUCCAAGCUAUGUCCAACCUGGCCUGGAACACUUCUGGGGAUGGGGCAGCCACAGCUUCUCUGGGUAACUGCUCUCCAGCCCCACAGGGUACAGAAAGGCACUAAAGGUUGUGGAGCAGGGGACUGUCACUUUGAGGGAUUCAUGGCUAGCAGUGGGAAAGCAGCCACAGCUGGAGAGGUGUUUGAUGUGAAAUGGCCACACUGGGAACCCUUGGCCGUGGUGGGGAAGGUGGAGCUGUAGGACAGGUGGAUUCAGGGGUCGUGGAGGUGAAGCCAAGGGUGGCACAGGGUGAGGGCAAGCUGCUGUGCUGCCUGGGUUAGCCCUGAGUUACAGGGGGAGGCACAGCCAGUGCCUGAGAUGUCACAGGCACCAGAGAGGGGGAGGCUGAUGUUGCUUUGCACAGAAACGCUGCCAAAAUAGCGGGAAAAAGGGCUGGGUUACUUGAUCUCCGCUGCUGGUUAUGGGGUUACUUCAAUCUGACCUUUUGUGCAGAACAUCCACGUUUCUGAGGUGGGAAUCACUGUUUUGUGGGGAAUCAGCCUUUGUGCAAGGAACAGUGACUGUUGCCAGAGGAGGCCUGAUGAGAGGAAUAAGGGCAGACCACACAUCUGUGAGAUUAAAUCCCACUGAGCCUUUGAAGAAGUGGAGGGAGGAGAGUUUGAGGAGGGGCAGGUGCAGGAUUUCAUUCCUUGUGAAGGUGGAAAGAUGGUGGAAGGUAGAUGUUGAUGAUGGGAAGCAAAUGCCUCAUGGCAGUGUGAGUGGGAUUGCAAGAUAGAGAGGACAUUGGGAAGCCCCUCCUCAGGCUGAGUUCUCUUUGAGGAGGUCAGGGCCUCGUCUGGACAUUAAGACCAGGAGACUGGUCCAUCAGCGUGCUGGGGAAGGUCUUCAUACCCCAGUCCCCCCAGGUCAGGCUUUCCCAGACAGGGCUCCACAGUGCAUCUCUCCCUUUUUGUUCCUGAAACUUUCACCAGGAGAAUCUUGCCCUGCUAAAAUCAGCCCACAUCUGUAACAGGCACUGAGGGGCAAUUCACCAAGUCCAGGUGCCCCUUCCCGAAAUUAAAGCCUCUUUCUCCCGUAAUAAGCGAUCACUCCAAGUUAAGGUGAAGUUUUCCUUCCAGACUCAUUUGUCCCUAUUUCUUUCUCAUUCCUAAGCCUCUUGGAGGUGCUCAGGAAGUGUUAGCAGUCCAGGUGAGCGUUGCUGACUGCCUUGCAGCAUUGGAAAUCAGGAUAUGUCGUCCCUUGGGCUCUUUGGUGAUUUAUUCCUGGCAAGGCACAGUGGGGGCUGCAAAGUGAAACGACUUCUCCAUUCCAGGUUGCUGGAGUUCAUCUUCAGAAAGGCUUGUUUUUCAGGUACAGUGCCAGGCAGGCUGGAAAUGAGACUCAGGCAGCUGCAAGGUGGUCUUGAAGUGCUUUACCCUGGCCCAGCAUGGGAGGCACAGGGAAUCAGCAGUGAUAAAGGGGCUUGGCCUCUGCAAGAGGGAGCCUGUCUUGGAGCAUAAGUUGUGUUUAGUGUCCAGUAAAAUGCAGAGCUGCUGGGCCUGUCAGGAGGAGGAGGGGGGAUGGCUGAGCAAGGCUGCAGGCUGCUGGUUUAAGUGCCCCAGCUCUGGCAGCACAGGAGGAUCUUUCUGGAUGGGCUGUCAGUUUGAUGGAUUGGGAAGGCGGGUGGGGAGGUGCCAUGGCCUCUGGUUGUGCUAAUAAAUCCACAGUUUGGGAAACACUGUGGCUUUCUGCAGUGGCAAUCAGUCUCCCAUGUCUUCAGCUUAACCUGGAAGGCAGUUGGACAGUCAGAACCAGCCUUGGAUCCCAGGGAAGCUUGUGGGAGCCUUUGGAGCACAGAAGGGUUUCCUGCAGUGCCCCCAGCAUCGGUGCAGUUUGUGAAGGUCCUGAGAGCACAAGCAUCAUUCAGCUCCUUCUCAUCCAAGGCCAGUAGACUUUGGAUUGGGCUCUUACAAUUAUUCUCUAUACAAUUCCUGGAGUUUAAUUCAUUUCCUUGAACACAGAUGGCAGGGGGAGGGCAGGAGGGGUUAAGGUGGGAGCUGAAGCUCCAGCAGCUUAACGCUCUGCUGAUUUAAUCUGUACCUCUGCACUGCCAAACAAGCAGAUUCUUUUGAGAGAGACAGGACAGGAAAAGCAGCCAAGAAGGAUCCUCCUCAUCCUCAUCCUCUGUGGGUGAACUGCAAGCCCCUGAGUGCUGAGGUGACACGGGCACGGCUGCAACAGUGACUUCACUGCAGCAAUAAAAUAAUCCCUCGACUGACACAAGACAAGCCCCUCGCCUCUGUUUUGCAUUUUCCUGAUAGCACAAGCCAGAAUUUCCUGAAGGCAUCACACAACAGCAUCUCUAGCCCCAUUUCUGAUUCUCCCAUUUCCCAGGAGGAACCAGGCUGGUGUGCAGCUCUUGCCCUGAUGAAACGCACCUCUUCUAUACAGCUGCUGAUUUUUAAAGGUGUCUCCAAGGCCAGAUGUUCCCCCUUGGUGAGGUUUCUCUGGACUGCACUGCUUCCAUAGGGUGAUGUUAGCAGUCCUCAUGCUUCCUUGUGGUUUUCUAUUUCGGACAGGAACAACUCCUCAUACUGUUAACUAUGGAAUGUAGCACUUUGUUAAAUGAAAACGUUGGGAAAUAAAAAGCUGUCCAUCAUAGCUGACUCUGA